GUGGUCGGGGAGACGGGGACUCGGGGUAGCGACUAGCGAGCCGAGGAGCGCGCGCGCGCGAUGGCGGCCGCUGCCGUGGCGACCGUGGCCUCCCCAUCCCCCGCUGCCUCCAGGCGUAUGCUCCCCUCCGCCGCACCGUCUUUCCUCCGGCUCCCGAGGCCGACCAGCCGGCUCCGGCGCGCCACGCAGGUCGCCGCGGCGGGGGGAGAGGCGGACGUGCUGCCUGGUCCGGGGGCCGAGGGUGAGGCGGCGGUUCCGGGGAGGCUGGAGGAGCAGCGGGACGAGCCGCUGGCGGGAAGCCAGCUCGACAUCGGAGGGCUCGCCUUCCAGGGCGACGUCGGCGGGGGCUUCACCGGCGGCGGAGCGGGCUCCGGGGCCUCCGGCGGUGGCGGCGACGGCAACAAGAUGCUGGACCGGGGCAUCAAUACGGCCAUCGUUCUCGCGGCCAGCACCUACGCGCUCACCAAGCUGCUCACCGUCGACCAGGACUACUGGCACGGGUGGACGAUCUUCGAGAUCCUGCGCUAUAUGCCGGAGCACAACUGGUCCGCGUACGAGGAGGCCCUCAAAGCUAACCCGGUUCUAGCCAAGAUGAUGAUCAGUGGUGUCGUCUACUCCCUUGGUGACUGGAUUGCACAGUGCUACGAAGGCAAGCCAAUCUUUGAUUUCGACCGUGCUCGGAUGUUCCGGUCUGGUCUUGUUGGGUUCACUCUUCAUGGGUCACUUUCACAUUACUACUACCAUAUCUGUGAGGCACUAUUCCCAUUCAAGGAUUGGUGGGUUGUCCCUGCAAAGGUUGCAUUCGAUCAGACCGUUUGGUCUGCAAUCUGGAACAGUAUCUACUUCGUGGUCUUAGGUUUCCUUCGGUUGGAAUCACCUACCACUAUCUACAGUGAACUCAAGUCUACAUUCUGGCCCAUGCUUACCGCUGGAUGGAAGUUGUGGCCUUUUGCACACUUAAUUACAUAUGGUGUGGUCCCUGUUGAGCAAAGACUUCUAUGGGUCGACUGUGUGGAGCUUGUCUGGGUCACAAUAUUGUCGACGUACUCAAACGAAAAGUCAGAGGCAAGGAAUUCUGAUAGCACCUCCACACCAGAUGCUUCAAAGGACAACUCCAGAUAGCAGCCCUAGAGACCUUGGAGAGCUGAUUCGCCCUUCCAUCGCUUCAGGGGUUAUGUAAAUUGUACAAUUAGCCGCAGCAACUCUGCAGGUGUAACCCUUUUUUUGGUAGAUAUGUAUAUAUUCAUGAAACAUCAAUUGUGUAGUAUGUGCCAUAGAAUAUUACGAAGAAAGUAGCGAACUUCAUUCGUCCGUUCUAAAAUAAGUAUAUUUCUAGCAUUCAAAAU